AUGGCUGAUAGAGUUGGUUUUUUUUUUGAAAAUCUGCUUACGAUACUCUUUCUCUCGGGUGGCAUAAAAGCGCUUAGUGGGCGGCCAUUGCAAAAGACAAUGCUUCGCUACUGUACUCUUUUUGGACUGCUAAUAGCUCUGGUAUGCUCUUCACCAAAGCAGGGAAAAAAAGAUCGAUGGUGCUCUCGCUGCUUAGGGGACACAGAUCUAGAUACAUACCUCAGAUCUGUAAUCACCAAGAAGUUUCAGGCACUGGCGAUUCGGCAGUUCACCUACGACUAUGAUCUCGAAUCAUUGGCAAAACUCGUUCUUGCUACCAGCAAGAGGCCAAAUGUGGAAAAAAAACUCGGUCUCGCUCGUCUUGACCUAAACAUGAAAGGAGAAUGUUCUCUGCGAGGUGUAAGCCAAUAUGUCCAACCCGGAUGGGAAACCAUGAUUGCUGAGGUACGAGCUAUCAGAGACGCGGACUAG